AUGUACUUCCGGGUUAAGAAGGACGUAGAGCUCCGUAAGUUGAUGGAAGCAGUUUCAGUCAAAAUCGGAAUGGAAAUGUCUACUCUCAGGUUUCUCUUUGAUGGAAAUAGGAUCAGACCCACUCAAACUCCCAAUGAGCUUGACCUUGAAGACGAAUUUGUAAUCGACGUACUAAGCGAACAAGUAGGAGGAUGCAGCUUUUGUGAUCGGACAUUAACAGUGUCUUAA